AUGAGCAGUCUCUGUCUACAACGUUUACAAGAGGAGAGAAAGAAGUGGAGGAAAGACCAUCCCUUUGGAUUUUAUGCCAAACCAUGCAAGAAGGCAGAUGGUUCCAUGAAUCUGCAGAAAUGGGAAGCUGGUAUACCUGGGAAAGAAGGUACCAUUUGGCAAGAUGGUGUUUAUCCGAUCACUAUUGAAUAUCCUGAUGAAUACCCAUCUAAACCACCCAAAGUCAAGUUUCCGGCUGGAUUCUAUCAUCCAAAUAUCUAUCCAAGUGGUACUGUAUGUCUAAGUAUAUUGAAUGAAGAUCAGGAUUGGAGACCUGCAAUCACUUUAAAGCAAAUUGCCCUUGGUGUGCAAGAUCUUUUGGAUUCGCCCAACCCAAACUCACCUGCUCAAGAACCAGCUUGGAGGGCAUUUUUAAGAAAUAGAGCUGAUUACGAUAAAAAGGUUGCUACUCAAGCUAAACAGUACACCAAAUGA